AUGGAGCAGGAGGUUGUUGCUCUGGGUCAUGAUGUUCAGGUCGUAGACCCGGAUGUGCGUGGCUACGUUUACAGCCUGGUCACUGCCCUCGGAGGUUUCAAUGGCGAAGACGCAGAUAAAUACGUACUGGGAGAUGAUGCCUUGGCAUGUCUCCGCGAUAUCAAGCGAUGGCUGAAAUUAUACGAUGAGAAGAACAACCGAAUGGACGUGGCUAGAUGCUUGGGAGAGGCGAACCUGGUGAACGGUGAUCUGCUUCCAAUUCUCUCGAUUUGGUGGAAUACUGGACAAAAGAGCAAGCAUAUGACGAGAAUUGCACUGGCGUGUUUGGAACUUCUUGUGCCUUUGACAUGGCCGAUUGAAUUCCACAGCCAGAUGACCGUCAACCACCAUCGCCACACCCCAUACAUUCAACAAACUCAGGUCCAAUACAAACGUGGUAUUCUCAAGCAUGGUGGAUCGAAUCUCCUCCGUGCCGCCAUCCGAAUUGCGCUACCUAGCAUGGCGAUCCCCCGAUCUGAGCGCGAAAGCCGAGAGGAGGGUAUUCUGAAGCUGAUGCUUUACUUCAUGCGAAAUGUUGCGAUCAUCUCGACAAAUGCGCGGCUCGCGGCUGAAGGCGAGGAGGAGGAGACUUCGAGAUCGGCUACGAUCGACGCCUUUCAAGAACAGGAUGCUUUCGCCCUCAUCUUGACCAUGUGCUCGAAUGUCGGAGAAGACUUCAACAUGCAGGAUGUGGUCCUUCUGGAGAUCCUGUUCCAUCUCGUCAAGGGUGUCAACGUCGACAAAUUGUUCAUGGAAGAAGAUCAGAGGAAGGCCAAGCGAACCGAUGAGUUGGGCGACUUACUGCAAAAAAGAAUCUCUCAAUACGCCAAAAAUGCCCCUACCCGACAUGGUCGAUUCGGAACAAUGAUCUGGGUGAAGCGCGACGAUGCGGGCAAAGUUUCCACCGUCUCUGGACAAGAUGUUUUGCGGGAUGACCAAACCACUCUUCACAAAAUGGAUCAAAGCAAGAAAUGGAAUAAGCCCCAAACUCGUCGGAAGAAAGAAGAUGCUGUCCAAAACAACAACUUCAACAUGCCUGCUCACCUCUCUGCAUCGGCCUCGAAGAAUCUCAGGACGUUCGUGGAAGAGUUCCUAGAUUCUGGCUUCAACCCUCUUUUCACCCAUGUCAGGAAGGCCAUUGAACGUGAAGCCGAACGAGUUCUGGAAAUAAAUUCUCGUCAGUUUUUCUACACCGUUGCCUGGUUCCUUGAGGCAGAGCGUGCACGACGCGCGUCCCAACUCAAGAAACGCAACCAGCAAGGGAAGUCAGCCAAAGACACCGAACCAGACAGCUAUGGCUUGGUGGCCGGGGUAUUGAACCAGGAGACCUUCAUCACUCUGAACCGGUCUAUGCAGAGUAGCUUCGACAACAAGGAAUGGGACGAUCUGAAUGCCCAAAUGCGAUGCUUCACCCAAAUUCUUCUCACAGUCCAAGAGAUGGCUGUGUCACCAAUUGAAGAGGACCAAGAAAUCGCCGAAAAUAUACAAAACCGAAUCUUCUAUGAAGAAACAACCCACGACAGAAUUCUGGCUAUUGUCCGCGGAUUCAAAGAUCAAGGGUUUGGAUAUCUGGAUGCCGCUACUGAGCUUUCACAUGUCUUCCUGCGAAUGCUGGAGCGAUACUCAAAGGACAACGCGGACAUGCAGAUUCGAUCUAAGCGCAAAGCCAAACGAAAGAAGAAGGCCGAACAACUAAAUGGGCAGGAAGGGGCGGAAGAUGAAGAGCAGAACUCCGAGGAUGAGGAAAUGGAGGACGCUGCUCAAAUCACCAAAGAACGAGCUUUCGAUUUUAAACGGUUUGCAGCCAAGUUUUGCACCCAGAAUUGCGUGGACACAUUCGUUGCUUUUACCGCAUUCUACAAAGAGCUGAAUUCGGAGCAAUUGAAACGUGCCCACCGCUAUUUCUAUCGCAUUGCAUUCAAGCAAGAAAUGACUGUUUUGUUGUUCAGGUUGGACAUCAUCAACCUUUUUAAUCGGAUGAUCAAGGGACCUGGUGCGAUGGACAGCAACAACAGGUCGGUCUUCAAAGAGUGGGAGGAAUUGGUUCGACAAAUCCUUCGCCGCCUGGUCAAGAAAAUUGAUCAACGCCCUGCCCUGAUUACCGAACUGCUCUUCAGCAAAAUGAACUCAACUGUUUUCUACCUCGAGUAUGGGCACGAAAGACAAACAUUGUCUACAGUCAAGCGACCGCCAGCAACACUUGAAAUCUUUUCAAAGGAUGCGACAACAUCUGAAGCAAAAUUGGGAAUCGUGACUGGUGCACUUGUUCUUGAUGGGCGGACAGACCUCGUGAAAUGGGUCGUUGAUGUUUUGAAUUCUGCAGCCUCUGAAAGAGAGGACUGGGAGACUCAGGACGCGGCUCGUCAUGCAGAGGACCCUGAAGCUGGCAAUGCACCCAACCCACUGAUCCCCGUCAAACCGCAAGAUGAGUUUUGUGCGAACGCUAUGUUUGCCAACGCAAAGCUUCGUCUGUUGCUGAAUGAAGUUGGAUUUGAAAAACUUGGAGUUGAAGAUGUACCUGGUGCUUCUUGGGUUGUUCCAGCGAGAAUGGGCUCAACUGAGCUCCGGGAGGCUGUAUCGACACUCAACAAGUCCAUGCUGAACCCAAUCCCCGAAGGAAGCACUGAGGAUCCCCGGGAGCAGCUUCGCCGCAAGAACACGGGCUCCGCACGAGAUAACCUUGACCAGGGAACACUCGACAUUAACUUCGGAGAUGACUCUGAAGGCGAAGAUGUGGUUCCAGAAGGAAUUCUCUUCCCUCCGAACCCACGGUCCAAGUCUAAUGCACUAGACGAACUAAAGAAAAAACGCAAGAGCAAGAAGAAGGACAAUUCUGAGAAGGAGCCCCUUGGUGAUGAUGUUCUUGAGGCACGUCGCGAUGCCCGGCUUUCAAAUGCAUUGGCUCGCCAGGCCAAAAUCAAGAGUGACCUUUUCAUCCAUGCCAGUGACGAGGAGAGCGAUGCCGACGGUGACGCGGAAUUCUUCCGUCUCGAGGAAGAACGACGGAAGAAACAAGCCGAGAACGUCAAGAAAGCCUUGUUGACUGGACGAUUAGAAGAGGACGGCUCAAAGGGCAAGAAAGCGAGUGCACGCAAGCGCAAGAGCGAUACUGGGAAAUCGGCUGCGACUGGUGAGCCGAAACGCCAGCGUCGCGGAUCUGAAUCCGGUGGCAGUGAUGCUGGCAGUGAUGACGACGAUAUCCUCAUGGCAGAUCUGGAAGGCGAGUCAUCUCGCUCACGGGAAGUUGACACUGGCAACGCUACCCGAGACGAUGAGGACACUCCUCUUACAUCUGCAGAAGAUGAAGAUGAGCUCGACUUUGAUGAUGAUUUAGUUUUUGCUCGAGACCGGAAGUCAAAGGCUGACGCUCCCGAGACCAACGUAGAUGAAGACGAGGAGGAUACGCCUGUCGUGUCAUCCCGCCGCAUGCGUGGAGGCUUUGUUAUCGAGAGCGAUUCCGAGUAA